AUGACUACCAUAAGAACAUAUCAAGAAGAACUUAAAUUUAUUGAGAAAAUUGAUAAGAACUGUUGGAAAAUAAAGAAAGGGUUUGUCCCUAAUAUGCAGGUUGAAGGUUGUUUUUAUGUGAAUGAUGUCCUUGAACGGUUAAUGUUUGAUGAGCUGAGAAAUGCUUGCAGAAAUCCUGGAAUGGGUGGAUUUUUACCUGGCAUGAAACAGAUUGCUAAUGUAGCAGCAUUACCUGGUAUUGUACACAAAUCUGUUGGUCUCCCUGAUGUACACUCUGGGUAUGGGUUUGCAAUUGGCAAUAUGGCUGCCUUUGAUAUGAGUAACCCAGAUUCAGUGGUAUCACCGGGUGGGGUUGGAUUUGAUAUCAACUGUGGUGUGAGACUUCUGAGAACUAAUCUUUGUGAGAAAGAUGUGCAACCAGUGAAAGAACAACUUGCACAGUCUAUGUUUGAUCACAUACCAGUAGGAGUUGGAUCUAAAGGUGUUAUACCAAUGACUGCAAGAGAUCUUGAAGAAGCCUUGGAAAUGGGCAUGGACUGGUCACUAAGAGAAGGCUAUGCCUGGGCUGAAGAUAAGGAACAUUGUGAAGAAUUUGGUCGUAUGCUACAAGCUGACCCAAAUAAAGUCAGUCCUAGAGCUAAAAAAAGGGGUUUACCUCAGCUGGGUACACUUGGUGCUGGUAAUCAUUAUGCUGAGAUACAAGUAGUGGAUGAGAUCUAUGAUUCACAUGCCAGUAAAAAGAUGGGUAUUGACUUUGUAGGACAAGUAUGUGUUAUGAUACACAGUGGUAGUCGGGGAUUAGGUCAUCAAGUUGCAACAGAUGCUCUUGUACAAAUGGAGAAAGCCAUGAAGAGAGAUAAGAUAGAAGUAAAUGAUCGUCAGUUGGCUUGUGCUAAAAUAACAUCUCAAGAAGGUCAAGAUUAUCUCAAAGGAAUGGCUGGUGCUGCUAACUAUGCAUUUGUUAAUAGGACUAGUAUGUGUUUUCUGACACGGCAGGCAGUAGCCAAAGUAUUCAAUACCACACCAGAUGAUCUUGAUAUGCAUAUGAUCUAUGAUGUGUCUCAUAAUAUAGCAAAGAUUGAACAACAUAUCAUUGAUGGUAAAGAGAAGACAUUAUUGGUCCAUCGUAAGGGAUCUACAAGAGCAUUUCCUCCUCACCAUCCUCUCAUACCAGUAGACUAUCAGAUGACUGGUCAGCCAGUGUUGAUUGGUGGUACUAUGGGUACAUGUAGUUAUGUAUUGACUGGAACUGAUGAAGGCAUGUCCCGGACGUUUGGUACAACGUGUCAUGGCGCUGGGAGGGCAUGGUCCAGAGCUAAAUCUCGGCGAAAUCUUGACUACCAUGAUGUGCUAUCUAAACUGGCAGAUCAA